GUUAAUUUUGGAGGCUAUCGGAUUAAAUUUGUACCUAGAGAAAACGUUUCCUUGUCUGAUCGGGGAAUCGAAAUCCGGUCACAUAACAGAAAGUCUUAAGCUUACUACCACUGUUCCGCCAGAGGAGUAAACAGUUAUAGCUUUAGUAUCAUGUUUACACACGACAUACCUUCGACCAUUGAUUAAUCAGACCUGGAUAUCUCCCGGAACCAGAGGUUCCAGGAAUGAAUAUCUCAAGAAAGGUGAAGGUUUGUGUCACUUUGACGGGAUGUGCAAUAUUAUUGUUAUUCCUCAAUAAGGGAUACUUAUCGCGUGAGUCUAGCCAUACCUCCUUAACCGCACAGUAUCUUGAAGUCAGAAAACAACCAGCUCUGAUCACACUGUUUACAACUUGGAAGACAUUCCCGGCGAGAUAUGACGUAUACAACAAUACAUUACGUAACUGGCCGAGACUACUGCCUCACGUUAACAUCAUAGUGUUCACUGACGAUCACAUUCCGGAUAAGUAUAAACAGUUAGGCUGGACGGUGUUGCCACUUAAACAUCAAGUCAAAGGUCACCCUAUUCUCAAACACAUGUUUCUGGAAGCAAUUCAGCUACAACCACAUUCACAACUAUAUGGAUUUGCCAAUGCAGACUUACUCUUCACUGAUUCUCUCGUGGAAAGUUUGCGCGCUGUUGUCAGCUCGCCUGUACUAUUUAAGAAAACUUUCUUGGUUGUUGGACGCCGCAUGAACACUCCGAACAUCACGCGCGAGGAAGCAAGCUCGUGGAGGAAUAUAGCAAAGGCUUCAAAACGGGGAAACCUUAUGGAGGACACACGCGGCAUUGACUACUUUAUAACGCCUCCUAACUACCACUGGAGCCACAUACUCGACGUUCAAGUCGGACAGAACUUAUACGAUAAUUGGUUGGUUUGGGACGCUCAGAAAAUGGGCUACCCUGUAAUCGAUGUUACAAACACAUUGCUGGCCGUCCAUCAAGAUGCACCUUAUCCUAAACAGCACGGACGAAUGAAUCAAAAUCUUGUAUUGAUAAAGGUACCAAGCUCUAAACUUUAUCGGGGAGUCGUGGCGUGUUGUGACCUUCAUACUGUACACAUUAAUCGGACCAUACGUCUUCAACGCAAAAAGUUACCAAAGAAUUGCUUCUAGUGAUUUAUACCUGUAAAAUUUACCUGUAACAUUACGUCUGGUGACUCAUACCUGUAACAUUUACCUGUAGCAUUUACCUGUAACAUUUACCUGUAACCUUAUCAAUGGCGUUGUAUCUUUAUAGUGUGACGUCUGACAAUAAGAUAGUACCAUUUUGAAUGAGAUGUUCAACAUCGUUAAGUAUUACUUACAUGAAUGUCAAAAGGAACACUAAAAAGAAGAAACAAAAUAAAAAUAACGUAUUCUACUUUCGUUUCAUCGUGAUCUGGAACGAAUUUCACAGCGGUAACGUUUUGAUCACACAAAACAAAAACACUAAUGAUGUAAUGAUAUAAGCAGUAAGAACGAUUAUAUUUAACAGAACUUCACAUACAAAAUGUUAUAUAUUUUAUGUUUUUAGCUAUCUUAAGUUUUAAUUCGAUUGCUUCAGGUAAUUCUAGUGAAUAAAAAAGUGAUUGCAUCACGAAGAAGCCCCAUCAUAAAAAGUUUGGUUUUGAGUU